UCAGAAUGCAAAAGGGACACUGACAAUUUACAAAUAGCAGACAGACAGUCUCCGACCGCAUAGCCGUUAGUAUUUUUGCUGUAGCGUUUGUUACUUGCAUAUAAAUCAUGAAAGGUUUGACAGUAAUUAUUAUUGUUGUGUUGUGCUGUGCCGCCUCAGAAAGAACUUUAGCAAUGAAUAUUAACUCGCAGUCCAUUCGAAAUCAAGAAAUAGUAGAAUUAGUAUUUCUACCUGAAUAUGAUAAAGUGCAAGUCGUACUACUAUAUGAGACAUUAUGUCCGGCUUGCAGGCAAUUUGAUACGAGUGACUUUAAGUUACUGAUCCAGGAACUGGACCUAUAUGUAGAUAUUCACACUUACCCAUAUGGAAAUGCACACGAAAAAGUAAUAAAUAACGAAACCGUGACAGUUUGCCAACAUGGUCCAACGGAAUGCUAUGGGAACAUGCUGCAUGGGUGUGCGCUGAACCUCCUAAGCAAUACCACUAAGGCACAACUCUUCAACAGCUGCACAAUGGAAUCGCAGUACACAGACGCAUCUUUUGAUGAUGCUGCUUACCAAUGUGGAAGUAAAAUGUACAUCGCAGCAGAUAAAAUAGUGGAGUGCGCUAAGAAAGAUGAGGCCAAACUAAUUUUAUCAGCAUACGGGAAGAAAUCCAGAAAGUACACGUACGAUUAUGUACCCUUCGUUGUUAUUAAUGGAAAGGAAUGGACAAACCACGAUCAGGAUUUGAUAAAAGUUGUAUGCGCAGAAUUCAAAAAUCCUCCUCCUCCUUGUAAACAAUAUCUAUAGAUACUUAGUAAUUACUUAUUAAAGUAAAUCUUCUACUUUAAAUCUCUUAUCUUUAUCUCAAAAACAACCUAAGUACAUAGAGUCUAUA